CGCGAGCCGUCGCCGCGCUCCCCAAACCGCCGCCUGCCUUCGGCCAACCGCCCCCAACGGCCGCUCGCGCGCGGCUCCCCGGGCCCCGUCGCUCCUCCCCUCUGGCCCCUCCGAGCGCGGCGGGUGCUUCCCUCCUGCCGCUUCGCACUCUCCCACCUCGUAGGCACGCUGCUGGUCUGCCGCCAUGCCCCAGCCACAGACUGCCCACGGGCCUAGGCGCAGCGGCCCGAGAUAGGGUCCCCUCAGCCUCCCGGGGGAGGAGAGAGGCAGCGGGCUGCGCGCUCCGCCCCCUCCCCCCGGGCUGUCGCCGCCGCCGCCGCCGCCGCCACCGCCACCUCGCCGCCUCAGCCUGGCGGGGUGGAGGAGGAGGAGCAGCAGGCCUCCGGGCCCCCGCACCGCCGCCCGCAGGACAUUUCUGAUUCAUUUGCAUCCUUGAAAAGCAUCUGUAGAAGAGGAAGGGAAAGAUGGGUGUGAAAACAUUUACUCAUAGCUCCUCUUCCCACAGCCAGGAAAUGCUUGGAAAGCUAAAUAUGCUGCGAAAUGAUGGACAUUUUUGUGAUAUCACUAUUCGUGUACAGGACAAAAUCUUCCGGGCACACAAGGUGGUACUAGCAGCUUGCAGUGAUUUCUUUCGCACCAAACUUGUAGGCCAACCAGAAGAUGAGAACAAGAAUGUGUUGGAUUUGCAUCAUGUUACAGUGACUGGCUUUAUACCCCUUUUAGAAUAUGCUUAUACCGCCACCCUGUCAAUUAACACAGAAAAUAUCAUUGAUGUUCUAGCUGCAGCCAGUUACAUGCAAAUGUUUAGCGUUGCUAGUACCUGCUCAGAGUUCAUGAAAUCAAGCAUUUUAUGGAAUACACCCAACAGCCAACCAGAAAAGGGUCUAGAUGCUGGGCAAGAAAAUAACUCUAACUGCAAUUUUACAUCUCGUGAUGGAAGCAUUUCUCCAGUAUCUUCAGAGUGCAGUGUGGUAGAAAGAACCAUUCCUGUCUGCCGAGAAUCCAGGAGAAAACGCAAAAGCUACAUUGUUAUGUCUCCUGAAAGUCCUGUUAAGUGUAACACUCAAACAAGUUCUCCCCAGGUACUGAAUUCUUCAGCUCCUUACUCAGAAAAUAGAAAUCAACCUGUUGACUCUUCCUUAGCUUUUCCCUGGACUUUUCCUUUCGGAAUUGAUCGAAGAAUCCAGCCUGAUAAGGUUAAGCAGGCAGAAAAUACUCGGACUUUAGAAUUACCUGGCCCAUCUGAGACAGGUAGAAGAAUGACUGAUUAUGUGACUUGUGAGAGCACAAAACCUACCUUGCCUCUAGGUACUGAAGAAGAUGUCCGAGUUAAAGUAGAAAGGUUAAGUGAUGAGGAGGUCCAUGAGGAAGUAUCCCAACCUGUCAGUGCAUCUCAGAGUUCACUGAGUGAUCAGCAGACGGUGCCAGGAAGUGAACAAGUUCAAGAAGACCUUCUGAUUAGUCCACAGUCUUCCUCUAUAGGCUCUGUAGAUGAAGGUGUUACCGAAGGGUUGCCUACACUUCAGAGCACUUCUGCCACGAAUGCUCAUGCCGAUGAUGAUGAUCGAUUGGAAAAUGUUCAGUAUCCCUACCAACUCUACAUUGCUCCUUCUACCAGCAGUACAGAACGACCAAGUCCAAAUGGUCCUGAUAGACCUUUUCAAUGUCCAACUUGUGGGGUGCGAUUCACCCGUAUUCAGAACCUAAAACAGCACAUGCUCAUCCACUCAGGAAUUAAACCAUUUCAGUGUGACCGCUGUGGGAAAAAGUUCACCAGGGCAUACUCGCUAAAGAUGCAUCGCCUAAAGCAUGAAGGUAAACGCUGUUUCCGGUGCCAGAUAUGUAGUGCCACUUUCACUUCCUUCGGGGAAUAUAAACACCACAUGAGGGUUUCCCGGCACAUUAUCCGCAAGCCUCGGAUUUACGAGUGCAAAACAUGUGGCGCCAUGUUCACCAACUCUGGGAAUUUAAUCGUGCACCUGAGGAGUCUGAACCAUGAAGCGUCAGAGCUAGCAAACUACUUCCAGAGCAGUGAUUUCCUAGUACCGGACUACUUAAACCAGGAGCAAGAAGAAACCCUUGUUCAAUAUGAUCUUGGAGAACACAGUUUUGAAAGCAACUCCUCUGUUCAAAUGCCUGUAAUUUCACAGGUCUCCUCAACCCAAAAUUGUGAAAGCACUUUUCCUUUGGGGUCUCUUGGUGGGCUGGCAGAAAAAGAGGAAGAAAUGCCAGAGCAGCCAAAGACCACUGCUUGUGCAGAGGCAACCAGAGAUGAUCCCCCCAAAUCAGAGUUGUCUUCUAUAACUAUUGAGUAAUUUCAUGGUUGGGCUUCAUUUUUGGUUUUAGAAAGUGCCUGUGCUUGUUCUUGUACAUUAAGUUUAAUUUAUAAUUUUUUUAAAGAAAAAAGGGUUUGGGAAGAAUGUCCCUUUUUACUCUGUAAACCCUGCAUCUGAAGUUGUAUUUUUCAUGACUGACAGAUUGAUUUUGUAAGUACACAAUAACAUAAUGUUGAAACAGUAGAAAUUAUGAAAUUUAAGGAGAACCAGAUGACUUAAUAUAUUUAUCAGUUUCUCCUUCCAUUGUUAAAAGUAUGCUAACAAUAGAUCAUUAGACAAAGAAGAAAUCAGAUAAUUAUUGGCCUUCCUGAGUUGAAAGGUUAUACCAGAAACAAAUUACUAAACAGAAUCUGACAAAUAACUUGGGUAGGUAUUUGCUUCUAUACACAGGACAUUGUACAGUAUUUUAUAAAGCCUAUUGUUUUGGACCGUAUUUAUGGUAAGCUUUCUUAAAAAAUUAUUAGGACAAAUAUUUCUGGAAUUCAGUGUGCUCUUUUUUUUUUUAAGCUUUUUAAUUUCUAUUAUGAUUUUUUUGUGGUGAAAAUUGGUAUUGAGAUAAGCAUUUCCUGUACCUUUAUAGUACUCUUCCUCCAAAUAAUCUCUCUUCUAUGAAAGAAGGCAAAGAACCAUGAUUGAGAAUAGUCAAACUGCAUGAAAUGGCCAGACAUGGAAUAUGAAGUAUGUUAAUUCCCACUUCAUGAGAGUUUUUUAAUGCUGCUUUUCUGACUAAAAUUAUUGUUUGCCUGGUCUUUAAAUGUUAAUGACUGGCUAAUUAUAGGUCAUUUCUAUAAGUGAUUCCUAAAUUAGUUUUCUUUUUGCCCCAUCAACAGUAGUUUCUAUUGCAUACUUUGGUGUAUUACCUGUAAAGGAAAAAUACUGGAUAUAGUCUAUAUUUUAUAUAUAGGUUUAUGGAUUGUUAGGGAUGAUUUUAUUGUGCUGUUUUGGACAAAAUAAAGAAUUCUCUGUUAAAGCUACAUUAAGAUCGUUUAAAAAAUUCCAUAUGACAACCUAUACAUGGCCCAUUUUCCAAAAUAAUUUUAGAUAUUGCUAGGUUUAUUAAAGCAGUUGGUUUAUUUUUACAUAAUGUAAGCAACAGUGUAAAAGAUUAGAAGACCAUAAAAUGAUCUAUGAUUCAUAAAUUUAGGGGGAAAAAAAGAAUUGUUAAGAAAUGCUAAAAAUCUUAUCGCCUCUUACUGCUAAAAAAAAAAUCCUGACUUAUAGUUGAAAUUUCUAUGAUAUUCUAGACUGGAGUAUACAUUUCAUCUGGUGCCCUUAGAGCAUCACUGAUCUUGAUCUUUAAUAUUCAUGAGUACAUGAACAAUGAACUUUUGAGUAACUCUGUGUAUAUACCCAAAAUUUAGUAAUUAUGAAAGUACUGUGAUUAACAUUAGGGUAAAAAAGAAACAAUGUAGUUUCUUAUUUAAAACAAGAUUAAAACUUCAUCUAGGUGCUAAAUUUCAAUAAAUUAUAUUUUUAAGUUAUAAUAAUUUUUUUACUUGGCUAACUCUAUAUUCUCCCCACCAUGUAACUUAUGAAAGUUACAGAAAGACAGAACUUUAGUCUCUUUCCACGUUGUUAUCUUCAACCUGUUUGCAGCUCCUUGUCUCACUGAUGAAACUAGUUUUUUUCCCCUUUGCUCCCAAACAUAUACUGGUUAUGAUGGGUUUCCAUCAUUUAUGCCUCUUUACAAAUAGGUUUGAAUUAUUGUCUGUAACAGACUGUGAUACCUCUGGUAACAGUACUGUUGUGUCUCAACUGAAAAGGUCAAGAAUCUUUAUUUUUAAUGUCAUAUAUUCUCUGAAAAUUGUUAUGCCUACCAUUAAUGUAAAGCUAAUUUUAAAAGCCUUAUAUGGUUUAGAUAGACAAUAAGAAAAAUUAUGACCUGGAGUAAUUGUUGCCCUCAGUAAUAAGAGUUAUUUAAUUAAAAUAUGAAAGGAAAGCAGAAAUUAAGUAUCAUUUGGGAAUUUGUUGGUUGAAAAUGUUUUAGCACACUCCCCUUUCUAAGAACUCUACAGUAAGAGAGCCCUGCACAAUUUUGGCAGCUCUGAGGUAUUGUAUUCUUAGAAUGUAAGGUUAAGCUACAGGCAUUUCUUUCCCAAAUGGAAAUUUUAGGUUUUCUUUGAUUAUUACAAAUUGUACAGAUUUCCAAGUUUAAGAAAUGUGAAAAUGCUUAUUAUUACAUGGUUAGUUGUUGACUCCUCAAAUCCUAUCACUACAGGUAAUUAGUAUUUAACAUAAAAUGAUUGCCCUUUUUUUCCUUUCAGUGAAGUUUUUUUUUCUUGUUACGCAGUUUAAGGACAUUUAGCUUAUGAAUCUGUUUUAGGAAACUAAGCUGCAAAGGUAAUUGUAUAUAGUGUUACUUAGAUUUAUUUAAAGUUCAUCUAAAAGAGGGAUGCCUGGAUAUAUAAUUUUUCCAUAUAUUCUAUAUGGAAAACAUUGCAAAGAGAUGAAAACCAGUUACGUUAUUCCACCCAUUAGAAAUUGCCAAUAUUAUUCGACUUAAAAGAAAUUUUCAUCUUAAAGUACUUAAGCAUAGAUCUCUUUCUUAUGGCCCAAGAGGGUAACUGUUGAUAUUUAAAGGGCUUAAAUUUCAGGAUGCAGGAUAAGUUGCCUUUUUAGAACCAAGUAUUUUAUAUAAGAAAAGGAUUUAUUUUCAACUUGUAAGCUACCAAAUAGGUGUGAUAAUACUUUAGAAAUGAGCAAAGGUGUUCAUUAUGAUACUGGAUAUCACAGCUCCUAACUCAUUCUUUGAAUUUGUAAGAAUGUAACUCACAGUGGGAGUAUCUAGCAUGUCAGUGAUUGUACUAAUUCAGAAACAGGGGUGAUAAUGGAAUGGACUUUUUUUUCCUUCAGAUUUUAAGUUUUCUAUAAAUGGAUGCAGAUCGAGGUUAGCACCCACAAAUACCUUAAUUUGAAUUUCAAGUAAUCCUUUUAGUUUUUGUUUGAACUAUAAAUAGCCAGUUCUUAAAGGUAUCAGUUUUAGUGAGAUAAAGUACUAAAGCAUUUUAGUAACCUCUUGCAGUCUUGGCAACCUUUCUGGCUUGACAUUAAUUCAUUCCAUGUUGUGACAUACACCCUUUGGUUUAUAAGAAAAAGAAAAACUUCCAUUUUGUUAGAACAUUUUAAUAAAUGGAGUAGACUAGUCAGCACAUGUGAUGUGCUUAUCAUUCAUUGGUAACUACUGAGCCAGAUUCUCCUGAUGAAUAAAUGGUUCCCUGAAGCCUUUGUUAACUGUAUUAACUCUUUCAGUUUAUCUCUUGACUUUCAUACUUAAUCUAAAUAGAAAUCAAUUCAUCUAGUUUAGUGGCUCUUAUUUUGAAAAUUCUCAGAUCAUAUUUUAAUCCUGUUGACUUUGUGGUCCCUGGAAAAUACAUUACUAUAUAAUGUAAUGGCAAUUCUGCACUAGGAGACCACAUGGAGUGAAUUAUUCUUAUUACUUGACAAAUGAACAGCCCUAAAAUUGUAAUAUUUUAACUGAAUUUAGAUUUGAGCAACUGAUGAAGAAUCAGAAAGUUUUAUACUCCACUUAUUCUAUUUUCUUUCAUCUGCAAAAUGUGAAGUUGUAAGUUCAGAAAUACACAUCCAAGUGAGAGAAUAGUUUUCUAAUCAAUAUUGGGGGGGGGGGCCUAGAAGGUUUGCAUUCAGAAGUGAUCCAGAGUUGGUAAAAGGCAGUAAGUGUGGUUUUCACUGUAAGUUAUUGACAUAUAAGAUGCUUUAUUUAUAAUAUAUAUUUAGAUUUUGAAAGUUACUGAGAGAAGAAUAUAGAAACUAGACUUUUCUGAAGCAGUGAAACAAUGGGGGAAUUCUAGUAUAUCUAAGAUAUUUAUAAUGAUAUUCCUACAACUAAAAGCAUUCUAGGCUACAAUGGUUAAAAUUUAAGUUAUGCCUAUUUGCCUGUAUGCAUUUUUUAUCUUUGUGUCAUUUUUGCUUGGCAGAAUAUGGUGACAUAGGUUAUUUUUAUUUGUAAAAUUCUCAGCAAGACAUUUCUCAAAAGCAAUAAUGGUUAAGAUUAAACAUUGAUGUGGAUAUUGAACUAGUUUCCAGGUUCAACUAAGAAACUCUGGAUUUCAUAUUCAGAUUUAAAAUAUUUUGAGUUUUUGAGUAGGGAAUUGCCUAUAUCAGAUUAUGGGAUAAGGACUUAGUGACAUCACAGUUGUAUUUUCCCCCCUACUUCAUAUUAAACUAAUACUGGUAGAUAUUUUCACUAAAUCUUAGUGAUAAUAUUUUUGUGAUAGAAAAAAAAUAGCUCAGUUUUUUAAUAGUCACUGAAGAGAUGUCAGGUGAUGUAACUGGAAUAUUGUUUUGGCAGUAUCCAAAAAAUGAGACUGCCUUAAAGUGUUCGUGCUACUUUUAGUUAAGUAAGCUCCCUCUAUAGGAUCCAGGCAAACUCCAACUAACCCCAAGAUUCCUGAAUAGAUAAGUUUAUAAAGACCAUUGAUUAAAAACAAGUACUUUUCCAAAAAAAGUGUUUAAAAUGUAAAAAAAAAAAAAUUUUUUUCAGUUUGAAGUGCCUGGUUUAUGAAGUCAAGUUUUGAUUAUUGCCUUUCUCUUUUAAAUUGACUAGCGUUGCUAAUCAAGCUUAAAACCCUGAGCUCAAUUGUGAUGAUUUAUUGAUAAAAUUGCUGCUUGAUGGCUUGAGGGGCUAAAAUGUCAUGACCUCAUUGAAUUGUCUUUGUUUUCCUAAAAGCUGGGCUAACCAUGUUCAAAUAUCACUAUUCAGUUAAACAAGUUAAAAACCAUUCUGUAAAUGAGUGUUCAGGUUACCAAAGUACAUCACCUGUUGAGGAAGGCGGAAUCUUCCCUGCUUUCAGAGGAGCCAGCCAUCUCUUAACACAUGCGUUUCCCUAGCUGUUGGUGGAAGCUGUGUUCAUUUAAGGAAGGGAAGCCCUUCCUGCAGUUGCUAGCAACACAUUUUCCAAGGAGAACCUUUCUGUGAUCAGGUUAUAUGUAUGUCUUCUCAAGAGUUUUAUUUCAAUUAUCAAUUUAAGUUGACAUGUAUGUAAAGUCUCUCAUACUGAGAGUAGUCCAUUAAAUUAUUGAAAGUUGCACUGUUUUUUCAUCUUUCAGGUGCCUGAAAUAAAUGGCCAUCAGGUAUUUGCAAGGAGUAAGAUCAUACUUUAUUCAUUUUCUUCCUUGUAUAAAUGAUGGCUUCUAAUGCUUAUAUUUCAAGGUGUUUUUUUUAAAAGCAAGAGCCCCUUACAGAGUGAAAUUUGGUUUCAAUCCAAGUCCUUGAUUUUUCUGUCAUUGCUGGUGCCUCCCUCGGCAUCAGAUAAGAUUGCCUGCCUCUUUGUAGGGCACCCUGUGGCACCUUAUGUCCAGUCGGAGGAUAGUAGAUGGCUUCUUUGUGCCUCUACUAUCUUUUCAAAAGCCAUUUUAUAAAAAUCCUAGGUAGCCUAUUUUAAUAUUUAAAUAUAUAUAUUUGUGAGAGAUACUUUUAGAACAGUUUUUUUGUUUGUUUGUUUGUUUUUUUUACUUUACAAUUCCUAUAUUCCCAUUUUUAAGAGUAAAUUUAAGCUCUCCAAUUAGGACUUGUCUUUCCCACAACAACAUGAUAAGUAAGUCAGAUUGAGAUGAUAAUAAACCAUAACUCAGUGAGAGAAGAAACCAAUGUCUGGUUGAAAGAGACAGAUGUAAAGGGAGAAAUUGUGUUGGUGUAACAUGCAUUUUUAAAUAACAUUGUUUUUGUUUCUAUAAUUUUUCAUUUGCUGCUACAGUGCUCAUUUUUGGAUUUCACAGAGGUGAAUAAACCUGGCUCCAUUUAAAAACUGGAGUACUUCUUAGUACAACCUAGGAGGAAACUGCCCCACAGUCUUCCAAAUGGGUGAUGGACUCUUUGUUUAGCUGAUGCAUGCUUUAAUGUUGCCUGUAGCCCUACUGAGAAAGGUUGGGGAAAACUUUUUUAACCUUGUUUGUUAGAGCAGUAUGAUUAUUUUUGGGCACUGGCAUUUUGUAAACCCCCCUGGGGAAGGGUAGUUUUGGGGAGGAAGCGUGAACUAAACUAUGUAGGUGGGUGUUGUUAUGUCUUCUACCCCUCUCCUAGAACCAAUACAACUCUUAACUAUGCCACCCUAGCCCACCAGCUUUGUAUCCAGUUGUCAUCUCAUUCAAGUAUGGCUUUACUUGGUGACAGUGGCAAUAGCUACGUUACUUGGCAUGUUUGACUUUCAACAAUAACAGGUUUUGGAUUUUGUUUCAUUUCCUAAAACUGUAUACAAUAUCAGAACUUCACAUUUUAUAUACUAGUACCUGGCUAUUAGUAUUUUACAGGAACCAUAGUUCUUGGUGAUUACAUAUAUAUAUAUAUUUUUGUGACUUUUGUAAACUAAGUGCCGUUUCAACGUUACAAUCAUUUUUAGAGUUAUUGUAAUCAAUGUGAAUAUCAUGUUUUUUCAGAUCUGUUCUGAGCCUAUAGUGUUUGCUUUGUGAACAUGUGUAUUGUAUAUAUUCUGUAUAGUUACAUUGUACUGAAAUAUUAGCUUGUUUGAUAUAAGGAAAGUAUGUAUUGAGUACCUUUUGCUAGCCUGGUUGUUUAAUCAUUUUUUAAAAAGUUUAAACUUUUUUUUAAAAAAAAAUCUUCAAGUUGGCCUUUCUUAUAUGGUCACAAAUAAAGUUGCAGUUAGAAGGGAUGGACAGGGAAAAACUUUAGUUUUGAGUGUCUUUGAAUAGAAACAUAAAAGCUUAAAAUUGGGGUGUUUUUCCUCAUUAAAAUGUCUCAUUAAUGCUUUACUGAGAAAAACUUCCUGCUGUUAUUUGUUGUUGGCUGGAAGAAUUUGGUUGAGGUCAAGCAGGUAAAGUCAUCAGAAUAAUGCAUUAAUUUAAAUACCCUUCCAUUUAGUAGAAAGUAUUAGUACAUUAGUACUUUCCUGGACAAGCAAGAAAUGAGCUAAAGGUGAAAAGAUCCUGCAAACACCAUUCAAAAGAUUGAAAGGGAUAUAAAAUAGCUAGUUGGAGAAAGUUAUGAAAUCCUAGAGCUACUGAGGUGACCAGAUUCUUGGGCAGAGCUACUUCCUGAGAUGUGUUGCCUCUUUAGAAGCUGCUCUGAAUGUUCCUGAAGUUACAUUUUAUUGAUUAGAGAGCUGUUGAUGACAUUUCAAUAUCUUACAAACAGGGAGGAGAGUUAGGUAUUUGUCAGAGGAAAGCAGCUAAUCGCAUAAGUAAUGCAUCUGAAGGAGUUAAAGGAAGGGCUUUCCAAUGCAUGUUCAUCUUGAAGUGGAUAUUGCCACCACAGGUCUGCAGAAUGAGUUCAUCGGGCAAAGAAAAAAAUAUUUCUUGACUCAACCUACCAGAAUCACUUUAGAAUUAAGUUCAGAAUGGGAAAGGAUAAUUUUUUUAAAAAAACAUUCUUACUUUCCCUGAGUGUAUGAGUGUUUAACAACAGUAUACCAAAUCUUUCAAGGUCAGAAAACUGUUGGGUUCUUUAGUAGUCCCAGCGACCAAUUAUAUAUUGAGUAGAUAAUGCAGUUUAAUAUAGUUAUAUCCUUUGCAUUUGAAUAUGUGCCGGGGGUCAGGGGCAGAUAUCCUUUUAGAGAAUGAUGCUUAAUAACCAAAGAUGUAUAUGUCCUCAGCUGGUAAACAUUUGAGCAAUCUCUUAAAUGGUAUUCUUUGUUCAAAGUACUAAAAUGAGAAAAAUAACAAAAUAAAAUCUACA